UCUCGAUCCACACGCAUACGCGCGAGCGCGCGCCGCACACUUCCACCGGUAAUCGUUUCGUUACACGGCUCUAUAAAAACUACCCACGCGCCAUCGGACAGCUCCAGUUCGCGGGUUCAUUCCGUUCCGAUAACACCACAGGUCGGCUCCACAAGAGUCAUCAUCAGAUUACUGUUCGUUGUCCUCUUCGUCCGCAUUAUACCGCGGUCGCUGCAAGCUCACCGCGCUGCACUGGUUUCCGUCGUCCUUUCAAUUGCGUUUUCAAGCAGUCGUGUUUCUUCUCGACCCGAACCACCGCCAUCAUCGUCACUAUCGUCAUGCAGACAUUCGUGUGCGGCCGACGAAAGCGCGACGCCUCAGCGGCGAUCGCGGUGGCCCUGUGCGCGACUUGCCUGCUGAACGCCGCCUCGGUGGUGCAAGGGCAGACCGAUACCACGGCCGUGCCGGACGUCGUCGGAGGCGGAGGACCGCAAUUACUGUCGUCGUUGCAACCACCGAUGACGACCACCAACGCUCAACACCAGGCCAAGUACGAUGAAUCGGCCAACACGGAACUCCUCAAGCAGGUGUUGAUGAAGAAAUGUCUGCACCGGUACACGAUGACGUGCCUGAAACUGGACCUGGUCCGGCUGAUCGACCGGCUGGGCACGGCCCGCGCUUAUCAGCUGGUACCUGGCGUGUCGCUCGUCCGGGCUUCAGACGGCAACCAGACGACGAUCACCGGCGGCGGAGGCGGUCACCAUCAUCAACAGAACCAGCACCAUCGCCAGCAUCACCAUCACGGCGGCAUACCUCCGGACGUGGUCAGAUCGCUGGUCCGGGGCAACGAUUCGGCCGAUGAGCUGGAUGGGUACCUGAUGGAAAAAGUCGACGCGUACCUGAACAGCCUGUCCAUCAGCGUCAAGCUGGUCGACUCGGCAGUGGUGGAGAAGGUGCGCAAUCUCAGCAGUCAAAUGCUCGUCAACAUACUGCCCACCGGAUUGCUGGAGACCGGGCGGGGCAAGAAGGACGGUAUGAAAGCGGCCCUGUGGUCGGCUGGCACUCUGGCGGCAAUCGCCUUCGCGUCGCUGGCCGCAAUGUCAGGCAAAGCGCUGAUGACGGCCAUGUUGGCGCUCGUCCUGGCAGCCGUGUGCGCGCUCAAAGGCCACGGUGGCGGUGGCGGCGGUGGUGGCGGAGGUGGCGGUUACGGCAAGACGUCGCAUUACGAGAUCAUCACCAAGCCGGCCAUAUACGAUCACGAACACCUGGUUCACGGAGCGUCGUACUCAUCGGCGCCGUACAGUUACGCUCGACACCUUACCAUGGACGAGAACGGCGGAACGCAUCACCCGAUCGGACGCGGCCCGCCGCAGCCUCAGCGCGUCAGCGUCGUGCACGCGGCGCCGGCCGCUCCGGCCACGGCCCCGUCCGGUGACGCUUCCGGCCCGGGCCAACAGGCCGGCGACGAGGACGCGGACGACGAGGCCAGCGUCGGCCGUCUGUCAUAUCCGCUGGCGCCGAUAGCUUACAUACCCACCAACAACGCCUGACACGUGGGGUUUCGAUGUUAUUAUUUAUUCGUCCACUUCAUGCAGUCGACGUCAAUGCUAUUAUUAUUAUUAUUAUUUAUGUUUAUCUAUUUAUUUAUUUAUUUAUUUAUUAUAAUAUUUCAAAUUUUAUUAUUUUCGUUUUAGAAUAUGAUGGUGUUACAAUAUUAUAAAAUUGUAUUAUUAUAAAAUUAUGUGAUUUUUUCAGUAUUAAAUACCACCGUAUACUCGUA